GCGACGACCAUCACGUCCCACACGACACUCAGUCUACAGCAUGGACGAGUCUACUCCCCCUCCCCCUGCUGCACCCGCUGAGCCGUCGCCUCCCCCUCCACCUAUGACCUCUGGCUCGCCGACCGACUUUUUGAAGGGAGUGGUCGGCAAACGCGUCGUCGUUCGGUUGACCUCUGGGGUAGACUAUCGAGGGAUACUUUCAUGUCUGGAUGGUUACAUGAACAUCGCCUUGGAGCAGACGGAGGAGCAUGUCAACGGGAGAGUCACGAACAAGUACGGAGACGCGUUCAUCAGAGGAAACAAUGUACUGUACAUCUCCGCGGCCGAAGCCCUAUAGUUUUCCUGGUCCGACCCUGAUUCUCUUGUCCUCUCCGAAAGUCGUUCCAGAACGAGAAACCUCAAGAAACAGAGAUGAUUCUCUAUUAGUCACUCUCCAUGUGCUGCGAAUAGGCUGCUGUGUACACUAGACAAAAAGCUUCAUGUAGUUCCAUCGGAGCGCCGCGCAAGUAUCCAGCAUUGUACUCGACGUAAAUGUCAACACGCUUCAAGCACGGUCUGUGCUUCUCAC